AUGGAUUCUAUAUAUACCUGCACUAAAGCUGGUUCUCAGGGAAAUAAACAUAUGGACAACACCGAAGAAAGAGAAGAAAUCAUUAAAAUGUGGAAGCAAAUAGACGAAAAAUUGGAAGGGAAAGCCGAAUCAUUUAAUCUCACAUCUCUCAAUGUGAAGUCGAUAUUGCAUCGUAUCAUAAAAAAUCCUGAAGUCAUACCUAUUGUCAUGGGAUUGGAUAGAAGCUCGGCAGUUACAGAUACAGAUAUGAAGUUUACAAGAUCAAAAAAGCUUUCAUCUGACCAAGGAACGCUUAACGGUAAAAAAGAAGUAAAUAUUGUGGCACGCACAUCACGAACUUUUCUUGAUAUUGAUUAUUCUAAUGAGGAUGAUGACGAUGAUUAUAUCCCUGAACAGGACAAAGACGUUAGUGACAAUGAAACAAAUUAUAAAAUUGAUUCCCCACAAGCGUCGUUGAAAAUUGAUGCUAAUGAGAUUGAGGUUCCAAUUAACGAUCAUAUUGUCACACCUGCAUUUCAUACACGUUCAAAACAACAGAUUGCGUCUUCAGAUGAAAUUCCAGAUUUUGGAGAUGAUGUUUUAUUAUACACUGCAGUUGAUGACCCGGAAUAUGUGGAAUUCAUUUCAAAUUUAAACGAUCCUUCAAAAUAUGCAGUGGAUGAAUAUGAAGAUUCAGAGUAUAAUUUUCUUUCGGAUGUGGAGAUCGAAGAUACAGCUGAGGAGAAGGAGUUGCUAAAAAAUCGUGCCAUCGAAAUACCCUUGCGAGAAGUGGAAAAUUUGUUGCAAGAUUUGAUUGAAGCUCGUUUAUUGCCUUCACCUGAACAUCUGGAACAGACUUUCCAAUCUGUUAAGGAUGAGAAUAAUUCCUCUAGCUUAGUUGUGCGAAACGAACAUAAAUUAAAUGCAAAGAAAACAGAACAAAUUUCUCAAGAAGCUUGUCCGUCAGAGACGAUGCAGCCAUUAACAGUUCUUGUUAAUGCAACCCUGGAAGAUUUACGGAAUAUUUCCACUUCUUCUUCGUCUCUUUUGCAUGCCAGUCUUGAAAAUCCUCCUAGAUUUUCUUUAUGUGAACUCGAGCAGCUUAUUGCACAGCUGGAAAAGCAUGUACAGUUGCUGACUCAAUUUGCAGUGAGUUGUUAUUUCGAGAAACCAAUGAUCACAAUGUAUAAUGCAUUUCAAGCAAUGAUUAAUGAAUUAAAUAAUUGUUGUCUUAAACGUCCAGAACAUUCAUUAUUCAAUAUUAGAAAUUUGGAAUCUUGUAUAUCUACAUGUCAUGAUGCCAUUAAUUGUGAAUCUAUUGAUGAUUUUCGAUCUGCAUGCGAAAAACGUGGAAAAAUGGAAUUUCCGUUGCCAGAAACAAUGUUUGUUCUGUCUCGAAGUAGAGCAAUGUUAUAUCCAGAACUUCUUCCUCAGGUUCGCAUGAAGGUUUUUCCUUCAUUUCAUCCAUAUUUUACUCGGGAGGAAGAUGGUCUUCUAGCACUUGGUUUAUAUCAGUUCGGGCAUAUGCAGAAGCAUGGUGGAUUACGUAGUCGUUAUUCACUUAUCAGAAAGCAUCUACUGCCCAACAAAAUGCAGUCACAAAUCCGACUGCAUCUAAAAAAUUUUCGAAACAGUAAAGAAUUCAUACAUACACUUUUUGAUAAAGCUCAAAAAGAGAUGGUAAACAUGGUUUUUCCUCUGGAAAACAGGUCGACAGCAGUUUUUGGCCCACCCUACUCAUGGUCGUAUCAUUUCCAACCAAAAUGGCUUCAGAAACUUAUUGAGAAGCAGCAGUAUGGUCUCAAAUGCGAGAGUUUUGGAAUAGAUCGUAUUGAUAUUGCAAGCAUUGCUGAUGAAAAAGAUUCUGUAUCAAAAGAUCCCUUAGUUCUAAACCAUGAUUAUGCUACAUCUUUUACUGAAUAUGAUGCUACAAAUGCAAGAAAUGAUCUAUUUCACAGACUUACGACCACCGAAGUUGUUUCAAGAGCAGAUAUUAUCUCAUCUGAAGCUAUUUUAGUUGAUAAAAAUGUGGUGAAUGGGAUGAGCACUCUUAGCAAUAGUGACACGCAAAAAUUGCCGUUAAACCCAAGUCACUCACGGUUUAUGUCACCUGGAUAUGAAGAACCGCUAGAUUUGAGUCAAAAAAAAGUUAUAUCCGCGAAACAGUUUAUGUCACCUACAUAUGAAGAACCUCUAGAUUUGAGUCAAAAGGAAGUUAUAUCCGUGAAUGAGGGAUCAUUAUUUUUUGCUUCAGAAUCAGCAGAGUUAACGAAAACUACAUUAAUUAAGCCGGUGAGGUUCGCGCCAUUCAAGAAAGUCUACCGCACUAAGGAAUCACCAGUAUAUCACUCAGAUGAAAGUACUAACUUCAGUGAAAAUAAAGUAGAAAUAGUUGAUAGAAGUGAUUAUAACACGACAUCAAGUGUAACUGGUAAAGAAAAAUCUGAAACAGAUUUUGCUAUGAGUACAGAGAGUUCGUGGCUGUCGUUUCAAGGAUUAAGAAAAGAAGAGUGUAGCGAUAAAGACGUAUCUGAUUUAGAUAGUCUUGUCCCCAAAAAUCCGACUGGAGAUCCAGAUUCUUUCGAUUCAGUAAGAUGGAUGUCAACAAUUUCGGAACACUUCAGUGACUUAAUUAAAUCAAAUAUGGAAGACAAAGAAAUCCAGUGUGAUUUGGCGGAUGUGGAGUGCAACUCUGAAUCUAUGAAAAUCAGUCAAAUUGUUGAAAAAAGCAAAAUAACUGAGAAUGAGCAACUUGAUGUAGAGACGUCAGUACGAAAUGCACGCUGUAGGGAAUUUGAUUCUGUAGCAAAUAAUGAAAAAGUCAGAGAAACAAAACAAGAACAAAAUGAACAAACAGUAUCAGAUAUCACAAAUGAGGGCAAUGAAACUGGUCAAGAUCAACAGCAAUCACAGCAGUUGCCUAGUACAUCUGAUGAGAAAUUGUCUGUCGGUCAAGAGGGUGAUGGUAGUGAUGGAGAAGAUAGUGGUUCAGUAAAAGCAGAUAAAAAACGAAAACGGAUGCAUUCUCGUAAGCAACGUUUACGCGAUGGAUUGUAUGGAAUAUUAAACGCUGAGCAUCGAGCACUUCAAGAGAAAUGCAUGGCACAGGUCAUUUUUGAUGAUUUCAAACAACGUAUGUUCAUGCAUCAAGAUAAAGUGCGAGCUAUUUACCAACUAAUCACCGGAAAUUCGAAGCCUUCCGAAAUGUUCGAAAGUAUGCACAAUAUUUUAGAGAACGAACAUGAGCCAUUGUACUUUCUUCUUUCAUUUGUGUUUCCACAAGAUCUAUUACCAAAGAGUAUAUUAGAAAAUCCUAUUCGCAAAGCAUAUGGUAUUGCGUUAGAGAUGAUUUAUAAUAUUGAGGCAUUUAUGUCAUUUGUGAGCUCGAGAUUAUCUGCCCGUUCUAUAUUUCGCAAUUUGAGAGAGAUCGGUUUUCAUUGCACAUGUGAGACUUUUGAAAGUCGUUUAUCUGAAACUAUUGGUAGUAAAAGUCCGUUAUGGGAUGUCAUUUCACAAAAUAUACCUACUCGAACUUAUGAAGCAAUCCAUGCUGUAGCAGAUUUCGAUUAUGUUGAUUUGGAUAAUUGGAAAAAAAUGGAUGCACCCUUUGAAAUUGUCGAUCUUACAGCAGCCAUUGGUCCUGAGACGGAAAAACUACGUUCUGGAAUUUUCAUAGGCUACUUAAGAAGUCUUUAUACUGAAAGAAAUUUUAAGAAUGAUUAUAAAUUAUAUCGUGAUCAUAAAUGGUGUUUCAUACUUCAUUUUAGAGGCAAACUGUAUGAGGUUAAUGCGGAAUGGAAGCCAACAAAAAACACUCCACGUGCGUCUAUACGCCGUCGUCCUACAACAAAAAAGGCUGAAAAGUUCAAAUGCAAAAAACUGGGUAAAGAGGAAUCAAAGAUAGGAUUAAAAACAUCUGGUUUGAGUGUUACAUCCCAAGCAGAAAUGUCCUCACAGCUCACUCGGAAGCGAACCGGUCCAAGACUAUUGAGACUUGAAACAAGUAAAAGACGAAGGAAAUGUCCAACAAAGGAAAGACGAACCACAACAGUUGAUAGAACAAACGAGACUAAAAUUGCUGAUAAUGUUAUUGGUUGUGGUGGAACUGUUAGAAAAAAUUUAGCUGAUAAUUUGGUAGAUAAUAUGGAAAAGACUUGUUGUACGCAGGUGGCAGUUCCGGUUAAUUCAAGUAAUCAGCUGACUUCUCUGCAAAAUCCCAUAGAAUAUGAAAAGACUUUUCGUGCUAUUUCAAAUUCAAAUAGGGAAUGGACGGUUGAUCAAGACAGGAAAAUUUUGUAUGUGUAUAGAGAACAUGAACUUGAUGUAGGAGCAGCGUUAUCAAAAAUGCAAUUAGAAUUACCAGAUAUUCCGUACAAUGAUUUAAAACAAAGGUUGGAAUUUUUAUUAACGCUCUUGCAACAUAUAGAAGAAGCAGACAAUGCAUCCGUCAGUCAAUGUGAUGGUUUAUAA